AUGUCCCCGGGCCCGAAACCCCGCGGCGGGCGGCCCCCCCCGCGCGCGGCCGAGGUGGGGCGCCUCGUGUCCCCGCCCCGCGCCGCCGCGCUCCCCCGCGCCCGCCGGGGACAUGGUACGUUCCAGUGGCCCCGCGCUCAGCCCCGCCGGGGGGGCUUCGGCGGCGGCGGGGAGGACGCGGCGGCGGCGGCGGCGGACGAGGGGCCCGGGCUGGGGCUGGCGAGCCGGGGCCGAGGGCGCAGCAGCGAGCCGAGAGCCGCCCCUCCGCCUCCCCGGGCCACGGCCACGGCCGGCAGCAGCAGCGGCGGCGGCGGCCUCGCCCCUCGCUGGCACCCGGCGGGCCCCCCGCGGGCUGGCAUGACUCUGUUCGGCAGCGAAGAAGCGUGUCGGAGAUAUUUAGACAUGGCCAGAGACCCCAAGGGGAGCCGGGCCCGGCCUGGCCAGAAGCGACAGCACAGCGCUACCCUCUACCACAGUAACUGUGACCUGAACUAUGAGCUGUAUCGGGAAGACUUCCCCUACAGGGUGUAUGAGUAUCAGAGGAUCCCCCCACUUAUCAACCGAGCACCUGUCAAGAGCAGACGGACCCACAUGGGCACAGGAGGCAAGAGUGGCCUCAACCCCCACAUCCCUCCACGAAACAACAACCCACCCCCUGUCCGAACAAAGUUAAGAGCUGAGGAGCUGCACUCCAUCAAGGGGGAGCUGAGCCAGAUCAAAGCCCAGGUGGACAGUCUGCUUGAGAGCCUGGAGCGAAUGGAUCAGCGGCGAGACCGGCUGGGAGGGCCCCAAGACAGUGAGAAGAAGGCAGCCUCAGCCGGUGGGGAAUCUUCCAGUGCUUCGGCAGAGGCCCAGCGGGAGCCUCGGAGCAAAGAGAGCCCUGAGCCCCGAGCCCGUAGCCGAAGGGAUGCUGACAGCGCCGAAGAGAGCACAGAUACGGAGGAGGCGAUGAAAAAUCACACCUCAGACCCUGAUGGGAGCCAGUAGAAGCCCUGGGGCCCCUGCUUUGGCCUCCCCAGCUCGGAUCCUUUCCUUUUCCUGUAUUUGUAUUUCUUUGAGGCCUCCCAGCCAGUGCCACAUGUCUUCUGCCCUCCAGUCUCCCUGCUGUUACAGUAGAGCUGGUUCCUCAGCCAGCCUUGUCUGCUCCUGACCAUAGGAGCCUGCUGGGUGUCCUGCGUCUUCUACAGAACCCCGGGCAGAAGUCCCUGAGGUGCAGGCCUACGAGUAUGGGUCUGGGGAGGCAGGAAAAUCCAGCAGGUCUAGAAUUUCCCUUUGAAAAAAACCAACCCUUCUUUCCUCUGUGCUGUUUUCCCCCAUCCCAUGAAAAAGGGGUUCCCUUGGUAGUACGACUUGGCAGGACAAGGCCAUUUGGGGGCAGAGUCUAGGCAAACUCCUAGAUUCCAAAUUUUUCCUUCUUUUCCCUCACAAAGAUGCUCCAUGAUGAUUUUCGGUUCCCCACCCCUCCUGGGUACCCACUCAUCAUCUCUCCUUGGGGAAACAUUCCUACUGGUGCCAUCCCAGCUCCUUGAUCUCUGGCAGUCGGCUUGUAACAGUAUUGGCUCUUUUCCUGGGCCCAGCAUAAAGUGGUUCCUUUAAGACGUCACCCAGGUUCUGCUCCCAUUGUCAGCCAUUUAAUAUACAACCCCCAUGUUCCUUUGGGGGCUCCCUCAGCGUGAGGAGAUGGGAUCCAUAUUGUUCUGUACUGCCUCCAGUCCCCAAGAAUGCCGGCCAAACCAAAUGAUGGACAGCUCUAUCUCAGCUGCCUGGGCUUCACCAAGGUUUCCCCUUUUUCCAGGAUCAUGUGGCUUCAAUGUUUUGCACUACUAGCCUUCAUGUGACCCCUUUCUCUCCCCAGUUCCUGCAGAAUUCCAUACCCACAGUGGUGCAUGGGAAAUGAGUUGACAGGUGCAUUUCUGCUCCGUAGAAGAUAACAGUCGGGUCCUUGGUUGGUGUUGCCCUGGUUAACCCUGUGAUUUCCCCACCCUCUUUCCCCCCAUGCUGUCCUUUCAGAACAGGUGUAGUUCAUUCUUAUGUCCAGUUUCUAGCUUGUCUUUUUGCUGGUAUGAUACUGUGUCUGUAUUUCAAAUCUGCUCUGGAAAAGUGUAUUGUGUUAAAAGGAAAAAAAAAUUAAAAGUUUGUAUUUCUUUUCUCUGGUUAAA